AUGCUCGGUGCUGGCGACACUUUUGGCAUGAUCGGCGUGGGAGUCUCUGCUGGCAUGCUCAGCACGGGCGACUCCGUUGACAUGCUCAGUGGGGGCAACUUAGUGGGCAUGCUUGGAGCGGGUGACGGUGCUGGUGAGUGUGGUGCGAGCGACUGCGGUGGAGCACUAGGCAUGGGUGACUCCGUUGGCAUCCUCAGCGUGGCCAACUCAGUAGGCACGCUUGGAGCGGGCGACUGUGCUGGAGAGUAUGGUGCGAGCGACUGCGGUGGAGCACUUGGUACGGGUGACUCCAUUGGCAUGCUCAGCGGUGGCAACUCAGUAGGCACACUUGGAGCGGGUGACUGUGCUGGCGAGUGCGGUGGAGCACUUGGCACGGGUGACUCCGUUGGCAUGCCCAGUGGGAACAACUCAGUAAGCACGCUUGGAGCGGGCGACUGUGCUGGCGAGUGCGGUGGAGCACUUGGCACGGGUGACUCCGUUGGCAUGCCCAGUGUGAACAACUCAGUAGGCACGCUUGAAGUGGGCGACUCUGCUGGCGAGUGCGGUGCGAGCGACUGCGGUGGAGCACUUGGCACGGGUGACUCCAUUGGCAUGCUCAGCGGGGGCAACUCAGUAGGCACACUUGGAGUGGGCGACUGUGCUGGCGAGUACGGUGGAGCACUUGGCACGGGUGACUCCGUUGGCAUGCCCAGUGGGAACAACUCAGUAGGCACGCUUGAAGUGGGCGACUCUGCUGGCGAGUGCGGUGCGUGCGACUGCGGUGGAGCACUUGGUACGGGUGACUCCAUUGGCAUGCUCAGCGGGGGCAACUCAGUAGGCACACUUGGAGCGGGCGACUGUGCUGGCGAGUGCGGUGGAGCACUUGGCACGGGUGACUCCGUUGGCAUGCCCAGUGUGAACAACUCAGUAGGCACGCUUGAAGUGGGCGACUCUGCUGGCGAGUGCGGUGCGUGCGACUGCGGUGGAGCACUUGGUACGGGUGACUCCAUUGGCAUGCUCAGCGGGGGCAACUCAGUAGGCACACUUGGAGCGGGCGACUGUGCUGGCGAGUGCGGUGGAGCACUUGGCACGGGUGACUCCGUUGGCAUGCCCAGUGGGAACAACUCAGUAGGCACGCUUGAAGUGGGCGACUCUGCUGGCGAGUGCGGUGCGUGCGACUGCGGUGGAGCACUUGGUACGGGUGACUCCAUUGGCAUGCUCAGCGGGGGCAACUCAGUAGGCACACUUGGAGCGGGCGACUGUGCUGGCGAGUGCGGUGGAGCACUUGGCACGGGUGACUCCGUUGGCAUGCCCAGUGUGGACAACUCAGUAGGCACGCUUGAAGUGGGCGACUCUGCUGGCGAGUGCGGUGCGAGCGACUGCGGUGGAGCACUUGGCACGGGUGACUCCAUUGGCAUGCUCAGCGGGGGCAACUCAGUAGGCACACUUGGAGCGGGCGACUGUGCUGGCGAGUACGGUGGAGCACUUGGCACGGGUGACUCUGUUGGCAUUCCCAGUGUGAACAACUCAGUAGGCACGCUUGGAGUGGGCGACUCUGCUGGCGAGUGCGGUGCGAGCGACUGCGGUGGAGCACUUGGUACGGGUGACUCCAUUGGCAUGCUCAGCGGGGGCAACUCAGUAGGCACACUUGGAGCGGGCGACUGUGCUGGCGAGUGCGGUGGAGCACUUGGCACGGGUGACUCUGUUGGCAUUCCCAGUGUGAACAACUCAGUAGGCACGCUUGGAGCGGGCGACUGUGCUGGCGAGUGCGGUGGAGCACUUGGCACGGGUGACUCCGUUGGCAUGCCCAGUGGAAACAACUCAGUAAGCACGCUUGGAGCGGGCGACUGUGCUGGCGAGUGCGGUGGAGCACUUGGCACGGGUGACUCCGUUGGCAUGCCCAGUGGGAACAACUCAGUAGGCACGCUUGGAGCGGGCGACUGUGCUGGCGAGUGCGGUGGAGCACUUGGCACGGGUGACUCCGUAGGUAUGCUCAGCGGGGGCAACUCAGUAGGCACACUUGGAGCGGGCAACUGUGCUGGCGAGUGCGAUGCGAGCGAUUGCGGUGGAGCACUUUGCACGGGUGACUGCAUUGGUGUGGGUGACUGCAUUGCCAUACUCGGCACAGGUGAUAUUUUUAGCACACAGUUUUGA